UAAGCAGCUCAUUCAGGUCACUUCACUGUGCUGUGAGUGUGAGUGUGUUUGUGUGUUUGUGUGUUUUAUUGUGUACAUUAACGCAAUGUCUAACGACACGAAGGCCAAAGGAGAAGAGAUCAUGGAGGCUAAAGUGCUGUGGUAUCCGGACUCCAAGAAGAAUACGCAGAUGGACCGGUUUAGGGCUCAGGUGAACCGGGACUACGGGCUAAACCUGGUGAAUUAUAAUGAUCUGUAUCAGUGGUCAGUGGAGAAUUACACUGAUUUCUGGGCAGAAGUUUGGAGAUUUUGUGGCAUCUUCAGCUCAAAGAUGUAUGAAGAGGUGGUGGAUGUGUCUAAGAGGAUCUCAGACAUUCCUGAGUGGUUCAGAGGCAGCAGAUUAAACUAUGCUGAGAAUCUUCUCAAACACACAGAUCAGGAGAAGGUGGCACUGUAUGCUGCAGCUGAAGGAAGAGAAGAAAUCAUUAAGGUGACGUUUGGAGAACUGAGCCGUGAAGUCGCUCGCUUUGCCGCCGCAAUGAGGAAGAUGGGCAUUAAAGCAGGAGACAGAGUCGUAGGUUAUCUUCCUAACAGUGUCCAUGCAGUAGAGGCGAUGUUGGCUGCAGCGAGUAUUGGAGCGAUUUGGAGUUCGACGUCUCCAGACUUCGGAGUUAAUGGGGUAUUAGAUAGGUUCUCUCAGAUCCAGCCAAAGUUGAUCUUCUCAGUAGCUGCAGUGGUGUAUAACGGCAAACAACAUGAUCACAUGGAUAAACUGCAGACAGUUGUUAAAGGUCUUCCUGAUCUGAAGAAGGUUGUCGUCAUUCCUUACGUUCGCUCGAAAGGAGAUACAGAUCUGUCCAAGAUCCCUAACAGUGUGUUUCUGGAUGAGUUUUUGGACACAGGGAUGGAGGGAGAACAGAAUCCUCAGUUAGAGUUUGAGCAGCUUCCCUUUUCUCAUCCUUUGUUCAUCAUGUACUCCUCCGGCACCACGGGGGCACCCAAGUGCAUGGUUCACUCUGCAGGGGGUACUCUGAUUCAGCACCUUAAGGAACACAUUCUUCAUGGUAACAUGACAAGCAGUGAUGUCAUCAUCUACUACACUACAACUGGGUGGAUGAUGUGGAACUGGUUGGUGUCAUCUCUGGCUGUUGGAGCGUCUGUGGUUCUGUAUGAUGGUUCUCCUCUGGUUCCGACGCCUGACGUACUGUGGAACCUGGUGGACCAGCUUGGAAUCACUAUAUUCGGUACAGGAGCAAAAUGGCUGUCUGUCCUGGAGGAGAGAAACUUGAAACCAGCUGACACACACAGUCUGCAGAGUUUACACACCAUCCUGUCAACUGGAUCACCGUUAAAGCCACAGAGUUACGAGUACGUUUACAGCUGCAUCAAACACAACGUCCUGCUUGCCUCAAUCUCAGGUGGUACAGACAUCAUCUCGUGCUUCAUGGGGCAGAACCACACUGUUCCUGUGUACAGAGGAGAGAUCCAGGCGAGGAACCUGGGCAUGGCUGUAGAGGCCUGGAGUCCUGAAGGUAAAGUGGUGUGGGGGGAGAGUGGUGAGUUGGUGUGUUUGAAGCCGAUCCCAUGUCAGCCCACUCACUUCUGGGGUGACGAUAACGGGCACAAAUACCGCAAAGCAUAUUUCUCCACCUACCCAGGAGUGUGGGCUCAUGGAGACUACUGCAAGAUCAACCCAAAGACAGGAGGAAUAAUGAUGCUGGGAAGAAGUGAUGGGACUCUGAACCCUAACGGUGUUCGCUUUGGGAGCUCAGAAAUCUACAACAUUGUGGAGGCCUUUGAGGAGGUGUGUGACAGUGUGUGUGUUCCUCAGUAUAACGCUGAUGGAGAGGAGAGAGUCAUUCUGUUUGUUAAACUGGUUCCCAAUCACACCUUCAGCUCCGAGCUGGUGGCAAAAAUACGCAGCGCCAUCAGAGUGUCUCUGUCUGCUCGCCACGUCCCCUCUGUCAUCCUGGAGACUAAAGACAUUCCGUACACAAUCAGUGGGAAGAAGGUGGAGGUGGCAGUGAAGCAGGUGAUUGCGGGUAAGGAGGUGAGUCAGCGUGGUGCUUUCUCCAACCCCGGCUCUCUGGACCUCUACAAGAACUUACCUGAGCUGCAGAACUUCUAAACAACCUUCUGCUGGAGCUUCAUCACCUGCUGUAGGCCCUGAACCCCUGAUGGAGAAAAGAACAUCUGGAAAUGUUUGAAAUCAUGAUGAACACCAGACCUGCUGAACAUCUGCGGUUGUGUGAGAAUGAAAACACAGUCAUCAGAAGUCACAUGAUCCUGAGUGACCUCAUCGUCAGGAGUCACAUGAACUAAAUAAUAAAGCCAGUACAGUUUACGGCGUCUCUUCGUUUAACACUGAAGUUAAUGGUGAGAGGGAAAGUUUUGUUAAAGCUGAGUGCUGACCACGCCCCUUAUAAUAACCCCACCCUUUAUCAAAACCCCACCCCUAAAUAUUAACUGUUAGGUUUAAUACUACAGUAAUUGAAUUCUUAUUAUUACUAAUUAAUGAGGUAUAAACAGUUGUAAUUAAGAUAACAGAACUAACCACUCCCCCUGACUGUAGCCCCACCCUCAUUGCUAUUCUGCCCUAAUCUUUGCUACUACCCCUAAUUUACCCCCAACCCAACCUCACACCUUCAUCUAAAAUUAUCACUCAUCAUGGCACCGCCCCUAAGUACCACACCCAUAUUUUUAAUCCUGCUAACUCCGACCCCACCCACAGUUAUAACCCCACCCAUAGUUAUAGCCACACCCAUAGUUAUAGCCACACCCACCGUUAUAACCCCACCCACCGUUAUAACCCCACCCACUGGCUUAUUCCCAGCCCUCAGCUCUGUGAUGUAAAUGUAAACAAAGAAUUUAAACAUUAUCUAAGCCGAAAAUCGGAUUUUAAACCUUAUUUCAUAUCAAAUCCCCAAACUAGGUUUUACCCAUAAUUCCCUGGGUGAGGUAUUGCGCUUAAUUACACACGUUCCUCACACGUCGUUAUUAGAUCAUAUUUUUAUGACAGAUUUAAAUAAUAACUGGUGUCAUGUUAAUAAUCUGUUUAGUUUCUGUUACUGUCUCGUAUUUAAAGUCGAUGUAAAUGUCUUUAAUUUAAAACUCUGUUGUUUCUGCUUGGAAAUCAUUUUAUUGUAAAGUGUUACACUUUAACGUAAAUAUAUUUAUAUAUUCUGA